AAACUCAGAACCAUUUUGCCUUUUCAAAAAGAGGAAAACAGUGACGAUAUUCUCCCAUUCUGGCUAGUUGGCGGCGAGGAGUUUUGGGUACUCCGCUGGUAGGAAACUGAAAACAACGAUUCAAAGCAAACGAACUGAGAAGCCGGAGUCAACACAGCCAUAAAGAUGGACGGAGAACUACCGCCGGCGUCGGCUCCGUCGUCCAUUCACCCGGCCGUAGCACCGCUGUCAUUCUUACUUGGAACAUGGAGAGGCAAAGGCGAAGGCGGAUUUCCCACCAUUAAUUCCUUCUCCUACGGCGAGGAGCUCCAUUUUUCCCAUUCCGGCAAGCCAGUGAUUUCAUAUACCCAAAAGACUUGGAAGCUCAGUUCUGGAGAGCCAAUGCACGCUGAGAGUGGCUAUUGGCGUCCCAAGCCCGAUGGUACAAUUGAGGUAGUCAUCGCUCAAAGCACUGGUCUCGUUGAAGUUCAGAAAGGAACAUAUAAUGCAGAAGAGAAUGCGAUAAAGCUUCAAAGUGAGCUUGUGGGGAAUGCUUCUAAGGUAAAAGAAAUAACCAGAGUUUUUAAGCUGGUGGAUGGAGAUCUUUCCUACGUUGUUCAGAUGGCUACCGGCUCAACCAGUCUUCAACCACACUUAAAAGCCUUGCUUAGUAAAGUUUGAAGCAAAACAAAAUGGUGCAGAAAAAAGUUGAUGAAAGUUGUAGAUUUCACACUCAAAAUUUGGCAAACAUAUCAAAACAAAAGGACAAAAAGGGAGGAAAAAUUCAUCUGAAAUUUAAGCCUUCUUCUAAAAUAAACAAAAAUGGCAUGUGAAGAGGCCACGGAAUUGUGAGGAAAUGAAAAAGAAAAGAUGGCAGUGUGGGAGCAUAAGAGACAAGAUUUGGGCAUUUUAGCCAUUUCAAAACGCUCUAUUGAUUUUGAUUUGGUAUUUGGUGUAAACUGUAAAGGCAUCCAUCCAGCAAGUUGAAAUAUUGAUCGGUGAUUAUAAGAAUGUUAGUAUUCUCUUUUGUUGUUCA